AUGGUGUCCCUGGUGCUUGUUCAGCGUCGGCUGCAGAAUCUAACAGUGGGAAAAGUAGUCUUAGCGUUGGUGGUAGUUGUGACUUUCUUCAAUGAGUACCUUGUGUAUACACUGCACUCUUUCAGAUGGGCCAGUAUUCCCACAGAUAGAAAUCCUAAAGAAGAGAUGGUAAUCCUUCUAGUGUCUGACCCACAACUAAUCGGCAUUCAGGACGAGAUAGGGUUCCCUCUGGGGCCAAUCAUCAGAUGGGAUGCCGACAGCUACCUCCGUAAGACUUUCUACCGUGCCUAUUACCACACCAUACCUGAUGUUGUUGUCUUCCUGGGAGAUAUCAUGGACGAAGGAAGCAAGGCAACAGACUCUGAGUACCAGUCUUACUUCCAGAGGUUCAACAGCAUUUUCUAUGAGACAUCUUACGCAAAGACUGUAGUGAUUCCUGGAGACAAUGACAUUGGGGGUGAAGGUGGCGACCUCCGUACAUUUUUCAAGGUGAACCGAUUCGAAAAGCACUUUGAAAACUUGACAGGAGCUGUCAGUCAUGGCUUUGUUGACUUUCUGAAGUUGGACAUUCGCAUGAUGAAAGAUCAAGUUCUGGAAAAACAGAAAGUUAUUUCAGAUGUGGCCACUCAGCUGAAAGGAAAAUUCCGGAUAAUUGUCAACCAUGAAAGCAUCAUUACCAAACCCAAGAGUUCAAUAUAUCCGUCACAGAUGCUGUCCUGUGACACCUGCCUCUCAGACGAUGAGGACAUGAACAACUGGCCCUACUACCAGCGAGAUAUGGCCAGCAUGGAGCCGUACAUUGACGUAGACUUCACCAAUCUGAUUGCCCUCAGUGAGAUUAUGGUGCCAACUUGCAGCUACCGGAUGGGAGUUCCCAAAAUGGGAUAUGGGGUGGCUGUUAUAAAUAAAUCUGGCAAGAUGAAGUACACAGUUUUAUGGCUACCCUCUCGCUACCACCUGCUGUAUGUUUAUAUUGUAGUGUUGGCUGUCGCAGCUUUUGUGCUGAUAAUAAACUGGGUGUUUUCUCCAGUCAAAUCUAGAAAAUGGCCAUACAGAUGA